UGGAAUUGUAAGUUUUUAUUUUACUGAUACGAACGUAUGCAUUCUGAUAAUCGUGUGAGGUGUGGAAAACUGUGUUGCCUAAAUCCGCUGCGUAUUAGAGCCUGUGUUAUGUAAUUCAUUUCGUUUAGAUUAAUCUUACGUUCAAUUCAAAGAUUCAUACUAGCUUCAAUAUUGCAAUCUAAAUGCGUUUAAAGACAUUUAGAAUGCAUAUUUUAAAAGCCUUGACUCUUAGUUGACAAAUAGUUAGGAAAAUAAAAUAAAAUCAUACAGGACUAAAUGGAUUGCAGUAAAAAUUUAAUAAUCAGGAAGAGAUGGAACUAUUUUUAAGGAAAGAGGUUAAUUAAGAGUUAAAAAAAAGAUAAUUAAAAUUAGUUGUGCUCUGCAUGGCUGUUGUUUUUGACUGUUUCGUAACAAUGUGUAAUUAUAAAGCAAACUGCUGUUAAAAAAUUAAAUAAAAAAAAGAAGGUCAAUAGAUCGAGCUCUGGCAACAUGAGGAAUAAUAUACAUCCGCCAACGACUGCAACGCUCCGCUUAAUAUCUGAAGAGUUCCUCUUAGUGAUGCAUCCGGUCUCCUUCUGACUCAGGAUUGAACAUCCUGAAAACUUAUUGUCCCUCCUCGUUUCAGGACAUUGAGCUCUUUUUGGCGACAGUUAACAGAACUGUUGUACAUACGUGUGACAUCAACGAUUAACUUGACAUCUUCGGUUCUAAUCGACUGUUAAUUAAAAAUGCAUUUAAGCAGAGAUUUGUAGCUAUGACAAGAAUAAAUGUUGCGCGAAAGGUAUCAGUGAUUCAAUCAGCUAAGUAUAAGUCUCUAUACCAACCACUUGAAUCAAGAAAUGUAAGGUAAAAUGUUCUUUUUUAAAUUACCGAAGAAAUCUGAGGCAAAUCUGAGGAUUAGACAAAGAAUGAGAAAAUUAUAAGCUGUGAAUCUCAAGAUUAUUAUCCCAUCAGUAUAUUGUGAUAUUUAAGAAAUACUAAUUUUGUAAAGUGUUGUAUCAGUUUCGUAUUUAAGCCUAUAGCAGCAUUUGGACUAGCUUUAUUUUUUGUGAUAUCAAGUGCUAGACUGCCAUUGCGUCAACUAUAAUCUCAUAUGCAAAAGGUGAAGUGUCCAAGAAUCACAGCCGGGUGUAUUUCAUUAGUCACUGUGAUAAAAAUUUGCAAGCUGUGUUUCUUCCCGUCUUUCACUGAAGUGUCAUCCAUGUGAAUCUAACUUUAACCUAAAAACAUGGGCUCCACUGUGGGCAAAGGUGCUUCUUUGCUAGAAAGUCUCCCUCCAAACCAAAGUCUGCAUGUUGUAAUGUUAGGCCUGGAUUCCGCAGGUAAGACAACAGCCUUGUAUCGACUUAAGUUCGAUCAGUAUUUAAAUACAGUACCUACGAUAGGCUUCAAUUGCGAAAAAAUUAAAGGCACAACGGGGAAGGCAAAAGGAACCAGUUUUCUAAUAUGGGAUGUGGGUGGACAGGACAAACUUCGCCCUCUCUGGAGGUCUUACACGCGAUGUACAGACGGUAUUGUUUUUGUACUGGAUAGUGUUGACGAUGAAAGACUUGAAGAAGCCAGAAUGGAAUUAGUGCGUAUGGCAAGAGCUCCUGAAAACUUAGGUGUGCCGAUUCUUGUGCUUGCCAACAAACAGGACUUACCAGGUGCAAAAGAUCCGCAUGAAAUUGAAAGAAUUUUAGGAUUAGGCAUUGAGUUAGGAUCUGGACAUUUAUGGCAUGUCCAACCUGCCUGUGCCAUCAUCGGUGAUGGCCUAGAAGAAGGACUAGAAAUUCUGUAUGAGAUGAUACUUAAACGAAGACGGCAACUAAAACAAGCCAAAAAGAAAUACACCUAAAAUUUCUACAUGAAAAGUCUGCGGUUUUCUAGGAGCUCAGUGAUAGAUUGCGUUUAAAUGGCAUCGCCAUUCUAAAAAUCUAUAUUAGUAACAGCGAAUUUUUUCUAGUUAAGAAAUAUUAAAUUUUAAAUUGUCAGUUUUUAAUUGUGAAAUGUAAUUUGCAAUUUCUUAUUUAAAAAACAUUAUGAUUUCUUUUAUUUGACUUCAAAUUUGAGCGCCAGCAACAGCUAACACAUAUUCCUGAAAAAAGGUAAUCUCAGGCUUUAAUUAAUUCCUUUCGUAUUAAAAUAUAAAGUAUAGGAUAUUAAAGAAAUUAAGGAAUUUUAAGAGUUAUGAAUAAAAAGAAUCCUUUCCAUAAUAUGAAGUUUUUCUGUUGUUGGGCGGACGAUUAGAAUUUACUUCAUCUCGAGGUAUGUUUAGCUUAAAGAUAUUUUCUUAGUUUAAUUAUGGAAACAUAUGAUUUUGUUUUUGUGAAACAGACAUUAAGUAUUAACACAGCUAAUUCUGUAACGUUAAUUUCAAUUAUUUAUACAAACACGAUUUUUUUCCUUUUUUUAUUUGUAUAAAUAUGCUUUUAACGAAAAUGCACGUGUCUAUUGUAGUUGUACUAAAACCAUAAAAUACAAAUGAUUUUAUGAGAUUGCUGUUUUAUUACAUUCUUUUCAGUAAUAAUCAGUGUUUUAAGAAAAUUAAAAUUUCACUAUUUUUGGCUUACAGGUAUUUUAAAUUAUGUUCUAAAUUCCGUCCUGUUCUCCGUCCUUAUGAAUUAUGUUCUGUAGAAAUUAUGCAACAGCUUUAUAAAUAUUUUGAUCCAAAAUUUUUUUUGUUAUUUUAAUAUUUAAGAUCUUACUCCUAUCAAUAUUUGAUAGCAGUAAGACAGAAAAUUAAAACAAAUAUUGAAAGAAGAAAUUUACGGCGAAAUAAUGGUGUACUUUCCAAUAUUUAUUUAAAAUGUAGCUUUAAAUAUGUUAUUAAAUCUACAGCAGCAUUAUAUUCAAGAUUAUUUCAAAUCAAAAAGCGUAAAAAUGAGAGAUAUUUUAUUACACCUGACUCUAUGAAACUGUGAAAAUAGUAUAAGAGAGUUCCCAGAAAGUCUCAUUCUUUCUCAUCAAAAUAAUAAUUUGAUGUCCAACAUGGAAACACUGCCUAAAAAAAUAAAAUAUCAUUUAUAAUGCAUUCAAUAUUACGUAACUACUGUGUGUUGUUCAUCAGGGUUUAUACUCGUGGAAGUAAAAUGCAAGCCAAACUGUAGCGUUAGGUAUAUAAGGAAUAUGAAAUUAGGUUUUUGUAAAAUCAAAGCUGGCCGUUUCAAUUUGUGAUUUAGUUAUUAGUUCGGUAUAUAGUUUAGAAAAACACAGAAAUUACUAUCAUAGUAAGGAAUGCUGAAAUUCAUUAUUAAUUAUCGGAAGUUAAAAAUUAUCAUGGAAGUUUUCAUUCGUAGUAAAACAUUUGUCAACAUUUAUCUAGUCAACAAAAAUAAUUACCAAGUUACUUCGAAUUAAACCUCACUUUUUUUUAGAUUUUCAAGAUGUAAAAUUAGCUCUUCAGCUCAAAUUCAAAGUGAAUAAAUAUUUUACAAUUAUAUAUCUGAAGAAGGUUUUUAAUAAAUCAGGUAAAUUAUUAUAUUUAUAUUACAAUCUAUUUAAGUAAAUAAAUGUUCCUUAGUUUUCGGUACGUAUUAUAAAAACAUUUUUAUUGGCCCAAAGAGCGUUAGCCCAGAAGGGAUAUUAAUUUCAGAACGGCAUUUAAACGGCGUCGAUUUACUUUUCAAACUGUUGCCACCAAAUAUUAUCGCCAUGUAUUAUACUUGAAAAAAGUAAAUAAUGAAGAAUCUACAUGAAUGCAUGAACGUUUCUCGCUCUGUGAAGAAACGACGGUACGUAGAGCCAUCAAAUUUUGAAUAACGUGGCCCUCCAACUGAAAAUGUGCACUUGGAAGCCCGAAUUUUGAAUUUCGAAUUUGUUUUAGUAUAUAUUUCAU